AUAAUGACCGAGUGUGUUGUAUGGUUUCUGAUCUAAUCGGGUGUCUUGGAAUUUGCAAAAUGCAGUUUGUCCUCCCCGUUUGCCGAGGAGCACUACUGUGUUUUUUUCUGGGUUUACUUUUUGUCUCUGUCUUCUGCCAUGCAAGUGAUAAGAAGGUGGUAGUUGAGGUUGUGGGGAAUGGAGACUGUGCUGGCUGUGUUGAGAGUAAAAUUAAGCCCAGCCAUGCAUUUUCAGGGCUGCGUGUGACAAUAGACUGCAAGCAAGAAAAAGGAGGGUUCAAGACGAAAGGCUCGGGUGAGCUCGAUGAAGGCGGCAAAUUCACAGUGUCCCUUGCCCAUGACAUUGUCGACGGCGCCACCGGGAAGCUCAAAGAAGAAUGCUACGCCCAGCUUCAUAGUGCAUCAGAUGCGCCGUGUCCCGCCCACGACGGCCUACAAUCUUCAAAGCUCCUCCUCGUCAAAUCCAUAAACAACCAAAAACACACCUUGGGUCUCUCCGGGAAGCUCAAAUUCUCCCCUGUAACUUGCACUUCAGCCUUCUUAUGGCCUUAUUUCAAGUACCCUCCUCUCCCUACCCUCCCCACUUUCCCUCUCCCUCCCAUCUACAAGAAACCAUGUCCCCCAUUGUUUCUUCCCCCGCCGGUUCCGGUCUAUGUCAAGCCUCCACCAGUUCCGGUCUAUAAACCUCCGCCGGUUCCUGAAAAGAAGAAACCGGAGCCUCCACCUGCUCCGGUCUAUAAACCUCCGCCAGUUCCUGAAAAGAAACCAUGUCCUCCAGACGUUCCGAAAGUGCUUCCUCCUCCAGCUCCUGUCUAUAAACCUCCGCCAGUUCCUGAAAAGAAACCAUGUCCUCCAGAUGUUCCGAAAGUGCUUCCUCCUCCACCUCCUGUCUAUAAACCUCCGCCAGUUCCUGAAAAGAAACCAUGUCCUCCGGAUGUUCCGAAAGUGCUUCCUCCACCAGUUCCGAUUUAUAAGCCGCUUCCUCCAAUCCCGGAAGUGCUUCCUCCGCCAGUUCCUAUUUAUAAGCCGCUUCCUCCAAUCCCAAAGCUUCCCCCUAUCAAGAAGCCAUGUCCUCCGAAAGUCUUUCCUCCAAUCCCGAAACUGCUUCCUACGCCAGUUCCCAUUUAUAAGCCGCUUCCUCCAAUCCCAAAGCUUCCUCCUUUCAAGAAGCCAUGUCCUCCUCUUCCUAAGCUUCCUCAUUUCCCCAAGACCAUCCCGCCGAAGUACUUCCACAAGCCUAAGUAUGGCAAAUGGCCUCCAGUAACUUCUCUUCCUUAAUCAGUUCUGAUCUCUACUGCAGGACACGAUUACUGCAUAUAUAUAAAUAUAUUAGCAGGUAUAAGUAGGGCUAUAUAUAUUUAUAUAAGAUCGUGAUCGUGAGUAUCGUUUUCUGCCGAAAGACACUGUUUAAUUAAGUCUUGUAGCCAGAAUAAAUUAAGCCCGAAGAGGAUGGAGAUACCAACAAGAUAAAACAAGACUUGUGAGGAAGAGAAGAAAAAGUACUGUGUGAAUAAUUAGUUACGUGUAUUUCAUUAUUUAUAAGAUUGAUUUGUGUGGGAGACUACUGAUGUUGUUCUUAAUUUCAUGUGCUUAUUUCUUAA